CCUUUGCUUCCAUUGCUCAACAGGACAAGGGUGGAUUUCAUUCCUUGCCCUCUGCCAGCACACUGAUCACAGCCAGGCCAUGCAAACAGCAUCCAGCGCAGCAGCGGCCAGCUGUCACUUGUCUGUGCUGCAAGUGUCAGGCACUAAUGACCUCCUGACAUGCCAGCCCCCAGCAAACAACCUCUGUGUACCCUAGAGCUCCCCCCGUGCCUUGCCCUGGGCUGCCCAGCCAGAGAAGAAUGUCCUGAGCUGGAUUUCACAAGAUGGCAGCAAACGAGAGCUUCAGUGCCGCCCACCCUGGAGAUCCUCAGCCCGGGGACCUGAUUGAGAUCUUCCGGCCAGCGUACCAGCACUGGGCCCUCUACCUGGGAGAUGGGUACAUCAUCAACGUAACACCCGUGGAGGAGGGACCACCAGCCACAUUUGGCAGCGCCAAGUCGGUGUUCAGCCGAAAGGCCAUGGUGAGGAUGCAGCUUCUGAAGGAGGUGGUGGGAAACGACACCUACCGCAUCAACAACAAGUACGAUGGCACCUACGCUCCCCUCCCUGUGGAGGAGAUCAUCCGACGUGCGGAGUACCUCAUCAACCAGGAGGUGUCCUACGACUUGCUGGGCAACAACUGCGAGCACUUCGUCACGCUGCUCCGCUAUGGCGAGGGGGUCUCUGAGCAGGCCAACCGAGCCAUCAGUGCCAUUGGGUUUGUGACGGCGGCUGCAGGGGCCUUCUCCCUACUGGGGCUGUUGCGGAGCCGGAGCCGAGAGAGGCAGUACUGAGAGGCCACCGGGCAGGAGAUGCCAGGCAGGAGCUGCUGGCGAUACAGGCUGGUUCGUGCCCUUACUCCCAGCAGUGCCUCUCUCAGAGGACAGCCCCAGUCUGUUUGCUACAGCUGCUGUCAUGGCAUCGCCAGCAAUGUCUGGCAGUGCUCACGAGCAAAUUAUCCUCGCGCCUCAGGGAUCUGCUGAGGGCUUUUGGCACAUAAACUGUUUCUACAGAAUGCAUCCUGUGGGCUUUCUAUGAAUAACCUUUCCUAACCUGUGUGAAGGAGCAUUUUUACUUCUGUUUUUAACCUUUUUUUUUUCCUCCUUACUAGAAGUAACGCAGCAGUGCUGCUGUAGAGGCCCAUGCAGGACUAGAUAAAGGAUGACAGAGCUCUUUUCCAACUGUAAUGAUUCUAUGGUUCUAUGAUUAUAAAGAAAAGCCCCUGGCCACCUCAGGGCAGUCUUUGUGCCUGGACCUGGGCCCAUUGCACUGACCAGCACGACAGACCCUUGUUCCAGCACAAGUCUUCUCCCAGCCAGCAGGACAGCACAGGACAUCCCACACCUGGAGGUUGAGCUGCCUAACAUCUCCAUGCCUACAGAGUCUCACUGUCUCCGAGCACAAAGCUGGUGUGCAGCUCAUCCUAGGAGGAAGAUAUUGAGUGGAAGUAUGGUUUAUUACUCUUCAUGGAGAGUAUUUAGCUUGCAUGUUUGGAACUGUAUAUUUUUUUUUUGUAGGUUGCAUAUAGGAAAUGAAAUCUAACUGUGCCUUCACCACGUGCAGCUUUCUGAACUGUAAGAAGAGAUGGGAGCAAGAGCUGUCAGUAAGCAGCUUGCUAUUUUUAUCUGCUCUCACCAUGUACAUAACUGGACCAGAAGCUUUUUUUAAAACAACAAUUGUUUCAGUGUUUGAAAUAACAAAGCCAAGCCUUCUGGUCAUAUUUUGUAGUUAAUACAAUGAAAUAAUAUUGAUGGUUGUUUUGUUUGUUUGUUUUUUAACAUGGGAAAUGUAUUAAAAUAAAACUGGGCUCUUAGUAACAGAA